AUGGCUCGUCAAUCCGACACCUCCUCGUACACCACCAUGUCUGAUUCUCACAGCACCGAGUCUCACCACCCUACCCGGGAGGAUCCAGUUGUGGACGCAGCAACUUCGUCCCAUGCAAGAAGACCUAAGGAAACGGUCACCGGGUUUUCAUCAGAAAUCGCUCUUGAUGAACACACAAGGGAAGGGUCAAGGUAUGUACAUAACUCCAUUGCAACUAUCGUCACUCAGAUACUAUCUGGCAAUCGAGAUGUUCCUGGGGUUUCUGUUCCCUUGAACACAAUCAUUCCUGACAUUGCUGCAUGUCAAGAUAAAGCUGUUGUGUUGAGGCAAAAUGUCACUGACAAUGUUGAGCAACCAGAUGCUCAUGAGGGAUCAAAGGUUGAAAAACCCUCAGGCAAAGUGAGAAGUGAGAAGGCCAAUGUCACUCAAAGUGUUGAGGACAAUCCUAGGGCUGAGACGAUUAACGUGGAAGAGCUCUCAGACAAUGAACUUCUGGCUACAGUUGUCCCUAGGAUAGCCAAGAGAGUCAGGACCAGAAGGGAGAAAAAGGUUGUGGAGCUGAAGUCCCCCUCCAAGGAGGUUGGUGUAACAAAUCCUCAAAAGCAACCAGAGUCAGAGAGUACACACAAGAGGAAAAGCUAUGGUCCUACAAAAGCUUGGAGCAAAGAGGUGCCUAAGAAGUUGAAGACCAAAGCUGUGGUGGUUGAGUCUGAAUCUGAUGCCCCAUGUGAUGUCACAGCAUCCAUGUCCAGGAAGAAACCCUCUUCCAGUAGGUUGGCAACCAGUGUCCCAGAAGUUCCCAUUGACAAUCUGGAGUCUACUACUGAGGACACGGAUGGAGCUGAAGGGCAAAUGGCUGAGGAGGAGGAAGAGGCCAGCUCUGAAGAGCAGGACGAUGAGGAGGCUGAUGAUGAGGCUAAGGAUUAA